AUGUCUUCCACCCUCCGCGCGAUGCGCCCCGCUCUCCACAUUCCUCGCCUCGCCACCUCGCCGAUGAGCACCUUCGCAUAUUCCUCUCUCUCUCUCUCUCCGCCUUCACCUUCUACCGAGGACGCUGAGUUCGCAGCUCGCGUAGCAGCGACGGAUGCCUUCUUCAAACUUCCUCGCUUUACCUCUCUCAUCCGCCCGUAUACUGCUGCAGAUGUUGCUUCAAAGCAGGGUUCAAUGCCUCCGCUGCCUCUCCCUUCGGCCCUGACAGCAGACAAGCUUUGGCGUCUCUUCCAGCAGCGCGCCAGUGAGGGCCUCCCGGUUCACACAAUGGGUGCGGUAGAUCCCGUCCAAAUGACACAGAUGGCACCUUUCCAAGAGGUACUGUACGUCAGCGGCUGGGCUGCAAGCAGUCUCCUCACCACUGCGCGUAACGAAGUCGGCCCUGACUUGGGCGACUAUCCAUACACUACGGUUCCGAACCAGGUCGAGCGCCUCUUCCGCGCUCAGCAGCUGCACGACCGUAAGCACUACGAUGAACGCCUGGCGAUGGGCCCUGAGGCGCGCGCACGCACACCAUAUAUCGAUUACCUCCGACCUAUUGUUGCCGACGCCGACAUGGGGCACGGAGGUAACUCAACUGUCAUGAAGCUCAUGAAACUCUUUGCAGAAGCUGGCGCCGCCGGAGUCCACCUCGAGGACCAGCUUGUCGGUGGCAAAAAGUGUGGCCAUCUUUCGGGGAAAGUGCUCGUACCCGCGUCAACUCAUGUUUCGCGUCUCAUCGCAGCGCGCUUCCAGCUUGACAUGCUUCACCAUCCGAUGCUACUCCUCGCACGUACGGAUGCUGAGUCCGCGCGCCUGAUUUCGAGCACUGUCGACGUGCGUGACCACCCGUUCAUUCGGGGCGUCGCCACGGGCAAACAUAAUUGCCGCGAGAAGCCUCUUGCGGAAGCGGUAGAGGAAGCGGAAGCCCGGGGUGCUGGUGCAGAAGAGGUCGGCCGUAUCGAAGCAGCUUGGCUCGAGCGAAAUGCCCUAUGCACCUUCGAUGAAGCGGUAUACGAUGCGAUUCAGCGGUCGAGUGUACACGACAAGGAGGCGAUGAUGAAACAGUACCGCAUUGCAUCCGCUAGCAAGUCGAACACAGACGCAAGGGAUAUUGCUAAAGAUAUUCUUGGCGAACCCGUGAGCUGGAAUUGGGAUUUACCGAAGACGCGCGAAGGGUACUACCAUUACACGGGCGGGAUCGACGCAGCAAUCACCCGUGCAUUGGCGUUCGCUCCGUAUGCAGACAUGCUAUGGAUCGAGACGAAACGCCCAGACCUGAAUCAAGCUCGAGGGUUUGCGAGAAACGUUCGAGAGUGUUUCCCAGACAAGUGGUUUGUGUACAACUUGAGUCCUAGCUUCAAUUGGUCAGCACAGGGCUUCUCAGGCAUGUAUUAUGAAGAUCUCACAAAUCUUGUGUGGGAGCUGGGCAAGGAAGGAUUUCUUUUACAGCUUAUCUCUUUGGCUGGUCUCCACCUCAACGCAACAGCGACGGUGGAGCUGGCACAACGGUACAAGACGGAUGGCAUGCUCGCGUAUGUUGAGCUUGUUCAGCGGAAGGAGAAAGAGCUCGGAUGCGAUGUACUCACGCACCAGAAAUGGAGCGGCGCAAACUAUAUCGAUCGCAUAUUGACGACCGUGUCAGCUGGCUCGUCAAGCACGUCGGCGGUUGGGAAGGACUCUACGGAACAUUCUUUCUGA